AAAUAUAUUAACAAUAUUAAAGAAAUAGGGCUGCAGUUUAAUAUGGUCUCCAAUUGGGUUUGAAGCUCAAUAAUAUGGAUAUUGUCUUCAGGUAUUUAUCGCUACGAACCGAUCGGAUAAAAAUGAAAUGAAUAAAACAAAUGAGAUAUAGGAAGAAAUAGAAUAAAUUUAUCUUAUUCAUUUUUCAUCAAAAUAUUCAUAAAAUAUUUUUCUAGUUUUAUUUAUAUAAACCAUAAAACGUAUCGCCAAAUUUUAUUCAAAAAUAUUUGCUACUAAAUAUUCUUUAAAAUUAAUUCAAGUGAAAAUUCUGGAAUAAUAUUUAUAUAUUUGAAUUAAUAUUUUGAUAUAUUAAAUAAAUUAAUAAUAUUAUUAGACACCUCCUAAAUUUUGUUGAUGUACUAUAUAUUCAAUACUAAUAUACAGAAUUUUUAACGUCAUAAUAUAUAAUAUAAAUAUGAAUUAUAGGAUUUAGUUUUGUUAUUAUAAAUUUCAGUAUAUUUUUUUUUUUAAUGUACACUUGAUACACUUCGUUCCAAACUCUUACUGCAGACCGCCAGCUAAAUAUACCCUAGGGGCUAGGGCUAACACAUGGUCGGUCACAUUCAUAUUCUCGAUACUUUUGAUUUUACAUUGUUUAUCAUUAUUAUAACCCAAAGUUGUAUAUUUGAAUAAUCAAACUAAUACAAUCUUAUAACUCUAUUUUUUUACUAAAACGAUCCCACUUACCCUAUAAAUACACCCACUUAGACACUCAAUUUCUUCACCAAUCUCAAACAUAAACAACACUCAAUCUAAUUUCAGGGUAAUAAAAAUGGCUAGUAGAAACUCUCUUGCCAUUUUCCUUGUCUUGAACAUACUCUUUUUCGCCCUAACUGAAGCCGCCCGCUCUGGUUGUCCACCAGGGCCAUACAAACCCAAGCCUACCCCUCCAGCAAUCCAGACAUGCCCAAAAGAUACAGUAAAGCUUGGUGUUUGUGUUAACGCGCUUAACUUAUUGAAUGUCACAUUAGGUGCUCCUCCAGUUAAGCCGUGUUGCAGCCUCAUUGACGGUCUGGUCGAUCUAGAAGCUGCAGUUUGUCUUUGCACCGCGCUUAAAGCUAGCAUUCUCGGCAUCAACAUUAACCUUCCAAUCAACCUUAGCUUGCUUCUCAACGUUUGCAGCAGAAAGGCUCCUCGCGGCUUCCAAUGCCCUUAAUUUCUCAAACAUGUCAAAAUAUUGCAAAAACCUGAAUGUGCUAUGUUUCAAAUUUGGUCGAACUUUAAUUUGUGUUCCUGUGUUUUUUAUCUUCUCUUAUUUGAAUUGGUGGAUGUGGAUAAGAAGAUCCUCAUCAACUAAAAAAUGAGUCUGUUUUGUUAUUUAUUUCAAUUGUUUGAUGAAUAAGAUAACACUUUUCGGUGUUACAUUAAAUGUU